CCUUCGCUGGCGCCCAUCUCUCUUCUUCUUCUAUCUCCUCUUUUCUCGCUCGUACGUUUCUAAUUACCCUUCUCUCUCCCCCUCUCUCUCUCUCUCAACAAUUCUCUUCACAAGCUAAUUAAAUACGCCGGUCCAUUCCAGCCCAGCCUGUUCCGGUCAAAACCACUGUACCCGGUUUCCGGCUACAUGCUCGCCUGAACCAACAGAUCUGAUCGAUCGAUCGAUCACCCACCUAGCUAGAGAGAAAAGAAGGGAACAAUCAGAUGUUAUGUUACGACCGUCUUAGCGAUAUCUUCGUGGGAGUUACAAAUUAGUAAAAAAGAAAAGCUUUAGUCAAGGGAAUUAGUUCUACAAUGACACUCCUCUAGGUCAACUCUUUUUUAUUUCAUUUGAUUAGUGUCUGCGUUGUUUAAGGACAAAUCGGAUAAAAUCUGUUUGAAAGCCCAAACCCGUGUUCUUAACUUUUCAUUUCGGUCGAAAUCUAUCGCUUAAAGCUUUUCACAACCCAUACCAAAAACAAGCCAGAAAAAAAAUUCACCAGUUUAGAGAGAGAGAAAGUGAGAGAGAAAAGACAUACUAGGGUUUCGGGCUUAUGUCAACGAGAAGUGGAAACAAUGUCUGAUUUUGAUUCGUUGUUGCCAGAGCUGACUUUCAUUCAGAUUGGUAGACCUAAUUAGUAGCUGAAGCAGUGGUGAGAGUACAGAAGCGCUCAGCUGGAUAAUAACAUAGUGGAUUUACGAUGUUUCAACCAAACAUGUUUGAUAAUCACCAUCAUCAUCAUCUGCUUGAUAUGGGUGGAAACCUCAAGAGUGGAACUCCCGAGAACGAGUUGGAUUUGAUAAGAGACAUCGAAGAUUUCGAGAGCAAAUCGCUGCCGGAGAUCAUGGAAGAUACUCUCGGCGGCGAUGAUGAACAAGAUCAAGAUCCAAAUCAACGACCUAACAAAAAGAAACGAUAUCACCGCCAUACUCAGCAUCAGAUCCAAGAAAUGGAAUCAUUCUUUAAAGAGUGCCCUCAUCCGGAUGACAAGCAAAGAAAGGAACUUGGACGUCGAUUAGGUCUAGAACCUUUGCAAGUCAAAUUUUGGUUCCAAAACAAACGGACCCAAAUGAAGGCUCAACAUGAGCGGUAUGAGAAUUCGCAACUGAGGGCGGAUAACGAUAAGCUGAGAGCUGAUAACAUUCGGUAUAAAGAAGCCCUGAGCAAUGCUACUUGUCCUAACUGUGGUGGCCCUGCAGCAAUAGGAGAGAUGUCUUUCGACGAGCAACAUCUCAGGAUUGAGAAUGCUCGCCUUCGUGAAGAGAUUGAUAGAAUAUCUGGGAUUGCUGCAAAGUAUGCUGGAAAACCAAUGCUACCAUAUACCAAUGGUCCAAUAAGUCGUCCUAUUGAUAUUGGUGUUGAAGGGUUUGGACCACCGCCAGCAGGCAUGAUGGUUAACAUGUAUGGAGCUGGUGAUCUACUCAGGCCGAUUUCAGGGCCUACAGAGGCUGACAAACCGAUGAUCAUUGAGCUUGCGGUUGCUGCAAUGGAAGAACUUAUUAGAAUGGCUCAAGCUGGUGAGCCUCUAUGGCUGUCAUCAAACCCGGAAAACAACCCCGAGGUUUUGAAUGAAGAAGAGUAUUUAAGGACAUUCCCUCGAGGAAUUGGCCCGAAACCUGUUGGAAUGAAGUCUGAAGCAUCUAGAGAAUCUGCAAUUGUCAUCAUGAAUCACAUUAAUCUAGUGGAGAUGCUCAUGGAUGUGAACCAAUGGACCGGAGUGUUCUCUGGCGUUGUCUCGAGAGCGAUGACUCUGGACAUACUAUCAACAGGGGUGGCUGGGAAUUACAACGGUGCUCUUCAAGUGAUGACAGCUGAAUUCCAAGUUCCUUCCCCGCUUGUUCCAACCCGGGAAAACUAUUUCGUUAGAUACUGUAAACAGCACGGUGAAAAGACGUGGGCGGUUGCCGACGUCUCUCUCGACAGUUUGCGCCAUGGAGUGUUGCCGAAAUGCAGAAGGCGUCCAUCUGGUUGCUUGAUUCAAGAACUACCUAACGGAUACUCAAAAGUUACAUGGGUAGAACAUGUUGAAGUAGAUGAUCGAGCUGUCCACAACAUAUACAAACCGCUAGUGAACUCUGGGCUCGCCUUCGGUGCCCGGAGAUGGGUGGCAACGCUUGUAAGACAAUGCGAACGUCUUGCAAGCGCCAUGGCCAACAACAUUCCACCAGGAGAUGUUGGAGUUAUAUCUACACCUGAAGGGAGGAAAAGCAUGUUGAAACUGGCAGAGAGAAUGGUGAUAAGCUUCUGUUCAGGCGUUGGAGCUUCUACGUCACAAACAUGGACGGCAUUAUCUGGAAGUAGCGAUGAUGACGUCCGGGUGAUGACUAGAAAGAGCAUGGAUGAUCCCGGCAGGCCACCUGGUGUUGUUCUUAGUGCCGCCACUUCGUUUUGGCUUCCCAUGCCACCCAAGAGAGUUUUCGACUUUCUCCGUGAUGAGAACUCUAGAAGCGAGUGGGAUAUUCUUUCAAACGGUGGACUUGUUCAAGAAAUGGCUCAUAUCGCCAAUGGUAGCGAUCCAGGGAACUGCAUUUCCCUGUUACGCGUUAACAGUGCGAAUUCGAGCCAGAGCAACAUGCUGAUACUACAAGAGAGUUGCACGGAUUCAACUGGAUCAUACGUAAUAUAUGCGCCUGUCGAUAUCGCGGCGAUGAAUGUGGUUUUAAGCGGUGGAGAUCCCGAUUACGUGGCCCUCCUUCCAUCGGGUUUCGCUAUUCUACCCGAUGGACCAGCAUAUGGUGAUGAAGGCCUGAACAACAACAACAAUAGCAGCCCCGAAGGAAGUGGAUCCAACGGUUCUCUGUUAACUGUUGCUUUUCAAAUUCUGGUUGAUUCGAUUCCGACAGCAAAACUAUCUCUUGGGUCGGUUGCAACUGUUAACAGUCUCAUUAAGUGUACCGUUGAAAGGAUCAGAGCAGCCGUCGCCGGAGAGAAUGUCUGUCCAUCCAGCCUUUCUUGAUCAUCUUGAGAAAGAGAG